AUGGCAUCCAGUGAUGCGAUCGUUUCGGUGAUGAAGAUCACCCAAUUGUCUCGCAGCCACGAUCUUGUCGCGGCAGAGCAAGUAUUCAAUCGAAUGCCGGAGAAGAAUCCCCAGGCCUGGAACGCACUGCUAGCGGCCUACGCGCGAAAUGGCGAUGUUGGUCGUGCCAAGCAAGUCUUCGAUCGCCACCUAGCUCCAAAUCUCAUCUCCUGGAACACGAUCAUCGCCGCGUAUGCCAGGAGCGAAGAAGAGAGAUUCGUGGACACCGCCAAGCGCCUCUUCGAUUCCAUGCCGCUGCGAAACAUCAUCUCGUGGAAUUCGAUGUUGCUCGCGUACUCCCGCGGCUCCAAGGAUCUGGAAACGGUGGAGCAAUUCUUCGAUUUGAUGCCAGAGAGAAGUCUCGUUUCCUUUUGUCACAUCCUAUCUGCAGUUGCCGCUUGUGGGGAAUCUAUCCAGCUCAAGCGCUUGCUCGAUUCAAUGCCGGAGAGAAAUCUAAUCUCUCUCACAACUGCGCUUUCAGGAUUCGCACUCUUUCGCGAUCUUCCAGGCGCGAUUUCUCUGUUCCAUAGCAUGCCCGAGGUGGAUCUAAUCGCCACAAACGUGAUGCUUUUGGCAUAUGCCCGAUCUGGGUAUUUGCUACGUUGUAAAGACUUUUUUGAUUCUAUGAGGUACAAGAGCAUCGUUUCGUACACGACAGUUCUUCAUGCGUUUUCCAAGGAAAACCAAAUGAGUUUUGCGGUAAAAAUUUUCUUACAAAUGCCUGAGUGGAAUCUUGUCUCUUGGAAUUGCUUGCUUACAGCGUAUAUUUCAAAUGGGCAUUUCAAACAAGCAAAGCUGCUCUAUUAUUCUCUGCCUGUGAAAAACGUAGUGUCUGCAAACUUAUUUCUGGGAUCAAACGUGAAUUCUCAUGUAGAUUUUCUAAAACAUUUGUUCAAUCAAAUGCCUGAAAAGAACACUACUUCCGUUAACAUUGUUUUAACUGCACUUGCUCAAGCUGGGCAAUUUGUCGAAGCAAAUUCAUUUUUUGCAGAAGCGAACUUGAACGCUCAUGAUCUUGACGAGGUUACUUUGCUCGCUGUUCUCUACGCUUGCAGCCAUGGCGGAGAAAUCUCGGAUGCAAGGCUUCGUUUCCAGUCGAUAAGCCUGGAUUUUGGUGUCAAGCUAUCCAAGUACCAUCACAGGAGCUUUGCAGAUGUCCUCGCUCGCUCCAACAAUUUGUGUGGAGCUCGGGAUUUGAUGGAAAGCAUGCCUUUUGUGCCAGAUAGCUCCGACUGGAAGAAUUUCUUAGGAGCUUGCAAGAGCUGGAACGAUUUCAAAGAGGGAGCUCAAGCAUCAAAGUUGGCUCUAGAGAAAAAAGAAGUACAAGAUGGAGGAUGCUACAUUUUCUUGGCUGCCAUUGAUCCAUUUAAAGUUUCUUAG